GAGAUCUCGGGAAAUUGGAUGUGAUUCAUUUUUUGCUCUGUACUUCAAUGCAGAUUGUCUGUAUGAGUUCUUCAUGACAGCGCAAAUAGUAAACAAAACUUUAAUAAUUUAGUUAGUGGUUGUCGUUUUUAAGGGAAAUCAUUUUCUGUGUGCAUUUCCACCGCCCUUUGCAAUAAAUGUUGGUGAAAGUAUUGGGGCGAGAUGACAACGCGCAAUCCCCACACCCUCAUGGCAAUGUCCGUGGACGAUACCUUUGAUUUCCUCUUCAAGAUCGUCCUCAUUGGGGACUGUGGCGUGGGAAAGUCGUGCGUAGUGGAGCGCUUCAAGUCAGGGAACUUUGUUGAGAGGCACGGAAAUACCAUUGGGGUGGAUUUUUCCAUGAAAACCAUCAAUAUUGAGGGCAAGAAGAUCAAGCUACAAAUCUGGGACACAGCAGGGCAAGAGAGAUUCCGCACCAUCACACAGAGCUACUACAGAUCAGCCAAUGGAGUUAUCAUAGUGUACGAUAUCACAAAGAGAUCGUCCUUCUUGAAUCUCCAACGAUGGAUUGAGGAGGUGCGACGCUACACUGCCUCAAGCGUAAUCCUAAUUCUAAUUGGCAAUAAAUGCGACAUGGAGUCUCUGCGUGAAGUUGAAUUUUCCGAAGCUGAGGCUAUGUGUGAAUUUGUCCCCGAGAUUCUCUUUGUCAUGGAAACCUCCGCCAAGGAGAAUACAAAUGUCGAAGAAGCCUUCCUGUGUCUUGCCAAUGAGCUAAAACGCCGACAUGACACACUCAAUGCUGAUACGGAUGAAGGUGGAAUUGUCUUGGGCAAGAGUAAACCACUCAAUCAAUGUAGCUCCAGUUGCAAUCUCACGUGACUCCCGUCCUUACAAAAAAAAAUAAGGAAAUUUUCUCUAACAGCCACGUAGUGCCUUAAAAGUAAUGAGAUCUAAAGAAGAAAAAAUUGCCGGAGAAUCUCAAUUUCUAGAACUAAAAUCUCUAAUGGCCUAGAUUAGAAAAUUUGUGAAUAUUUUGUCUUUUGUUCACGUGCUUAAUUAGAAUGUUUUUCUUUCUUCUAUUUUCUCUCUCAAUGAGCAAUUUAUUUUCAUUGUCUAAUUUGUGUUAUGCGACAUGGCGAAAAUAUCACAAAAAAAUUUAAUUUAUAUAUAAUUAUGAUUUUAAUCUGUAUAAAAGAAAAACGUGACCUAUUUCUCAGUGAUGUCCACGAACAAUGAUAUUUUAUUUGCGAAUGUAACGUGAAAGUUGUAGAAUAAAAAUAAUAAUUUAAGAAGAUAAAA